AUGGCUCUAAAAAAGAAUAUAAAUACUAAACUGACUAAUAAUAAAAUCAAUAAAUUGUCGUCGUCGUCGUCAUCAUCAUCAUCAUCAUCAAAAAUUAAGAAGACAACCAACACCACAUCAUCAAAAUUGAAAUCAAAAUCAAAAUCAAAAUCAAAAUCAACGAAAAUAAAAAUAGACAAAUUAAAUAAUGAUAUUUCACAAUUUACAGAAGUACAGAGUUUAUUAGCUACUAAUGAUAACAAGCAACCACCAAAGAAAACAAGAGCUUUAGAUUCAAUAAAAGAGGAUUUACAAAAAGAUGAAGAAUUGAAAAAGAAAAAUAAACUAGCAGAAAGGGAUCUUAAUAAACAAUUGGAACUAUUAACGGAAAUGGGGUUAUAA